UUGUAUAUAUUACCCAAAGGGGCAAACGGAAUCCCGCUGUGCAAAGCUCUCGAUAUAAAGGUGACAGCGACUGUGUUCACUGCGGGCGCGUCCCAGGCCGUGGCGAGGAAAGCCGGGUUCAAGGAGUUGUAUAAGAUCUCCUACCAGGAGCUGGCCGACCGAGGGUACAAGUUCCCGGGCAUCGAAGAAGACACCAAAUACUCCAAACUGAUGGCACUGGAAAUAUAA